GGGAGACAGAGAGGGAGGGGAGAUGCUCUGCAUGGAGAGUGAUGCUGUUGCCAGGGAACAGCAACCACAUAGAGAGGACCACUGAAAACAGCAGCAGGUUCCAUCUAAUGGAGUAAAAGGACACAGGGACUGGUGCUCAUUUGUUUUUCCCCCCAAGUUGAGGUUAGGUAUUUAAAAAAACAAACAGAAAAGCUUCCUCCCCAGAAAGGAUGUGGAUGCAAGACUGGAACUGAAUUAGAGGAGCUGAGAGGCACUGCUGUCGGCUCGUUCUUCACGGCCAGUCUUUCUCCAACAAAGGUGGCCAGAGGCGGAGGAGACAGGAGGAGGAGGGGGGGUCCAUCACAGACAGAGGUGCCCCCUGUCUCCAGACACCUGCUGCUGGCGAGCGGCUGAUAUUGAGGACACUGUACGACUGUGUCUGUGCACGAGUGUGUGUGUGUGUGUGUGUGCAUGUGAAUUAGCCAAAGACAGAGAGCAGGGCGAGGGGGAGAUUUCAGCCUGACCGAUGCUCCCCCGCAGGCGUGAGGGGAUCAGGACUUUCUUCCCUCGCAUCUUUGCAUCUGUGACCCAGCAGGAGGAGGAGGGAGGACACACAGGCACGGACCACAGAGAGGGUUUCGAGGGCAUCUUGCACCGCUCAUGCCCCUGCUCUCCUCUCUGAGGGAUGGGCACCACAGAGGCGACUCUACGCAUGGAGAACAUGGAAGUGAAAGACGAGUGGCAGGAUGAAGACUUCCCCAGACCACUACCAGAGUACGGAGACAUGGAUCCCUCCUGCGGUCUCACAGACAACAGAGGCUCUCCCCCUAACUCCCUGAACGUGAGCCCACCUGGAGGAGGAGACGGCGGUGGGUCCUCAUCCCACCGUAAACGCCGCACGUUGCUCGCCCCGGACAUGAACCUGUCCCUGGAUCACAGUGAGGGCUCUCUGCUGUCAGAUGACUUCCUGGACACACCGGACGAUCUGGACAUCAACGUUGAUGACAUGGAUACACCAGACGAGACGGACUCACUGGAGUUCAUCACCAACGGCAACGAGUUGGAGUGGGAAGACGACACUCCGGUGGCCUCGGCCAAAGCAGGUCCCGCUAACGGCUCAGGAGAAGUGGACGGAGAGGGGAACACCAACAAUGGACGCCUCUGGAGAACAGUGAUCAUCGGAGAACAGGAGCAUCGUAUUGACAUGCAGGUCAUCAGACCCUACGUACGGGUCAUCACACACGGAGGAUAUUACGGAGAGGGUCUCAAUGCCAUCAUUGUGUUCUCCGCCUGUUACCUGCCUGACAGCAGCUGUCCAGAUUAUCACUACAUCAUGGAAAACCUCUUCCUGUACAUGGUGAGCAGCCUGGAGAUGCUCGUGGCUGAAGAUUAUCUGAUCAUUUACAUGAACGGAGCCACGCCUCGCAGUAAGAUGCCCGGGAUCAGCUGGCUCAAGAAAUGUUACCAGAUGAUUGACAGAAGAUUGAGGAAGAACCUGAAGUCUCUGGUCAUCGCUCAUCCCACGUGGUUCAUACGCACAGUCCUGGCUAUCUCCAGGCCUUUUAUCAGUGUGAAGUUCAUGAAUAAGAUCCAGUAUGUCCACAGUCUGGAUGAACUGGCCGAGAUCGUCCCCAUGGAGCACGUCCAUGUCCCAGAGUGUGUGGUGCAAUUUGACGAGGAGAGGAUUAAAGUCCGGAGGGAAAGGAUGGAGCAGGAGCAGAGGCAGCAGGAGCAGCAACACUCAGUCCCUCAGGAGGCAAUGAAAAAGUCUGCAAGGCCAAAGUCGGUGAUAGUAGAUUAAUAGUUGUGAGAAGGACAGAACUCUGCAGGAUGUGACUUAAGUGUUGAGCAUGAAACCUUUGAUUAAGAAGCAGCUUCCUUAUUCUACCAACAUCCAGCUGAAGAUUUGUGCCAUCGUCCUCAAGUCGAAACUCUAAGCGCUCCAUCUCUAUUCCCUCUGCCUGGAACCCUGGAACCAUCUUGUUCUUUCUCUGUGAGAGGUGUAGCUAUCACUGGGGAAGACGCUGCUCCGCUGAGCUUCAGUACUUUGCAAGAACUGUUUCUUGAUGAAAACUGAGUUCAUCAGUUCAUUACCCUGCUGUGUGGUCUCCCAUAUUGAAAUGUUGCAUCAUCCUGAGGCUCUAUAAGGCGGAAACAAGGACAGAAAAUCACUCUACAAUAACUAAAAUAGUAGAAAGUUGUUGAUUAUUUUUUAUUCCGCAGCUUGUUAAUAGGAGUAAAUUCACUGCAUUACCUUAAAAGAUGUUUUAGAUGUUUGUUUGAAAUCAAAGUUGUUUUAAGAGUUCUUUGCAACCUUUUCAUUUGACAAGAGGGAGGUGUGACUUACACCUGAGGGGUUGAAUAGAAACUGUGCUCGUGUCUGUGUGACAUCACCAGAUCACUGUGAUCACACACAUUUAUACUGACGCUGUUGUGUCAAUAUAAUGCAGAUAUAAUAAUGAUGUUACUCCAUUCGAUCAGAUGCCUUCAUCUUUUAUUUUUUUGCCACAUAGCUGCUGUAUAAGUCAAAUGCUCUCUUAUUGUAUUGACAUUUUGAAAAUGUUGUACUAACACUCUCCGACAUAUAGGGAUCAUUUAAAGUUAUUCUUCCGGAUCCCACAGUUUCCUCUGUGCCCUUCCAUCUGUUGUGUGACCUUAUGUCAUGAUGUGCCUCAGUUCUCUGUGUGUUCAUAGAGGAAGCAGAGUUUCCAACUGCUGACAAAACCUAUAAGAAUCAUACAUGUUUUAAACUAUUUGCACAUUGAUGAGUUAUAUCUGUCUAUUUUGUGUCGCAUGUGGCCACACAACAGAUUUCAUACAUUGCACUGACAUGCUUUGGAUGUCAUUGUUUUGUGUCAUACAGCCUACAUAUUCUGUGUAUGGAAAAUAGUUUCCCACAAAAUACAGAAUAAUGUGUGAAAUCUGUGUGUAAGUGACGGCAGUCAAGACAAAAUAGACAGAUGUUGCAUUUUAUGGUUCUUUCACAGAGUUUCUAAAAUGUCUACGUUAAGCAGAACAUGUCUAAAUCAUUUAUAAUAAUCUUCAUUCUGACAGUGAGCAGGAUUUCAUUGCUUUCAAUUACUUAUCAUGUGUGUAUUAGAAAAAAGGAUGUUUAAAAUGUACAUUUUAAUUUAAUUCUUCCAGAUCAUUUGUUGUCAGCUCAGAUUCUGGAAACAUGUCAUCACUGCGGACGAUAUAGAAUAAUAUGCAGCCUCUUAAAGGAAGGUCACAACUGAGGCAUUUGGAUCUUAAUACAGAGGGAUGCCGUUAAUGUAGCUUAUUCUUAUAUUCUUCCUAAAACAAGUCUUAUUUUGACAUGUGCAUUUCUUUUUUUGCAUGUAUAAUGCAUUAUUGAAUAGACAUUUUCUGGGGUUUCCUUGAAUUCUUUCUCGUCUUCAAUUUGUUCAGCAAUCAUCUUAUUGUAGCAGGAGGAGAAAGAGAUUUUAUUUUUGUAAAGAACUGCCUGUAUACUGUUGAUAUGUUUUGCACUGUAGGAUUUUGUUAUCAUAAUUUUUAAACUAGAGACUGUGAUAGAUUUACGUUUAGCUGUGUUUGUGUUGUUGUAAAAAGGAGCAUGACUGAUAUCAUGCAGUUGUGUAGCUGUUAGUUCAGCAUGGACACACUUAAGUGUCUUGAUUAAAAAUAAUAGGACUCAUGAAAUAUUUGUUUCUAAACAGCUAUUUCAAUUGUGAUGCUCCUUUUGUUCUAUUGCCUUUCUGUUGUGGGAAUGUUCAAGAAAAGGUUUAAACUUUUCACUUCUCUUCAGUCAUUUCUGGAUGUGAUGAUCACAGUAAACCAAACCUGAGCCGUUACAUCAAACAUAUAUGAUCCCAGUACAGCAGCCAUAGCUUGUCAUAUAAGGAAGGUUGUUCUGUUGAUAUUUUUGGCUGAACUGAGUGCCUAUUUUUGAGCCAAAAGAAAACCAUAUUAAGUAGAGGAAUGUAAAGUGUAGCCUUUUUUAGUUAUUAGGAUUUGUAGGUUAUCUUAGUCAAGUUAAACCUGGUACCAUUGGCAGGGUUUGCUGAUGUGACAUGCUGUCCUUAACAGAAAAGCACAAUGUCUAGAUUAUUACAAAUAGUUUGCCUACCAUUUGUCUGCUGUAAAAUGUUCGCUCGGAUUUAAAUGGGAAGGAUGAUUCUUUCUAGGUCGCCAUGAUUGUUUCUUCCAUGUAAAUAUAAGUCAAUAAAUUGUUGCUCCCAAA